AUGAGCUCGAUCAACUCUCGCCUGAAAAACUUCGGGUUCGGAAAGCGCAAAUCCACCGCCAGCAUCCAGACCGUCGACGGCCUCCCCUCCACCAAUACCCCUCCUCCAGGCCAAAUACCUCAGGGCAAUCUCGCCGGACUUGCUCCCCUCUCCUCGUCCAACUCGACCACAUCGCUUCCAAUGAACCAUCCCGGGGCUGGCAAUCGCCCGCCCAGCUAUACAGCCAACUACCCUCCCGGCCCUCCCGGUCAGCCUCUGGGCCGCACCAGUCCUCUCACUCAAGGUCCCAACCGUACCCCUCCUUCACAAAUCGCUGGCGGCCCCCAUCCCAUCACCACAAGCCCGCCUCUCGGUUACCCGCCCAACAUGGGCCCUGGCAUGGGCGGCGGCCAUCCAAUGGGUCAUCCCGGCGGUCCUGGCGGUCCUCCUCAGGGCUACCCUCCCCCGGCUGGUUAUCCUCCUGGUCCUCCUCCGCCUUCCGGACCUAUGGCUCAACAGCAGUUUGGCCAGAACCGUGCCGAAGUCGAGGGCUCUACUCAGAGCAAAGCUCAGCUCAUCGUCGGUAUCGAUUUCGGUACAACCUUUUCUGGUGUCGCAUUCGCCUUCGCAACCAACAACGAAGCUAAAGAAGAUAUAAUCUCAGAAUGGCCUGGCGCCGGUUCAUAUACCAAGCAAAAGAUUCCCACCGUUCUCUACUACGACCAGUACCAAAAGGUUGUUGGCUGGGGCCCCGACAUUGCCGAUGCCCUCGCCCCAACCGGCUACCCCAAGCCUGGCGUGCAAAAGGUGGAGUGGUUCAAGCUGCAGCUCAUGCUCAGCGGCAACACUUACAUCGACCCCAUCAACCUGCCCCCUCUGCCCCCGGGCAAGUCUGAGAUUGAUGUUGCCGCUGAUUAUCUCUUCAAGCUGCGCCAGGCCGUGCGUAUUGCUCUGCAAAAGGCCCUUGGCGAAGUUUUUAACCGUGAAGAGCGCAAUAUUCGAUACUAUCUGACAGUCCCUGCCAUCUGGAACGAUGCUGGCAAGGCCGCCACUCGCGCUGCUGCCAUUCAGGCUGGUUUCCUCCGAGACGAAAAUGACAACCGCCUCACCCUUGUUUCUGAGCCUGAGGCCGCCGCUCUUUUCUGCUCCAAGACUGGUCUUCUGAAUCUGAAGGUCCAUGAUGCCGUCCUGAUUGUCGAUUGCGGUGGCGGUACCGUCGAUUUGAUCGCCUACGAAGUCGAAGAGGAGAACCCCUUCACCGUUGCCGAAUGUACCGCCGGGUCUGGUGACUCUUGCGGUUCUACAGCCCUCAAUCGCAACUUCAGCAACAUUUUGCGCACCAAGAUCCGCAAGAUGAAGCUUCCCGAGGGCUCCAAGACCGCUGGACGUGUCUACGCCAAGUGCAUCAUGGACUUUGAGAACAGAAUCAAGGCCGAUUUCCGUAAUAACGGUCAGAAGUGGGCCGUCGAUGUCGGUAUCGAGGCUGAAUACCCCGACGCAGGCAUCGAAGAAGGAUACAUGACCUUUACCAAUGAGGAGAUUCUACAAUGCUUCGAGCCUGUCGUCAACCGUAUUCUCGAGCUUGUUCGCAACCAGAUCAUUGCCAUCCAGGCCCAGAACAGAACACUCCAAAACAUCUUGGUUGUGGGUGGUUUCGGCGCCUCCGAGUACCUUUUCCAGCAGAUCAAGCUUCACGUUCCUCCUCAAUUCCAGUCCAAGGUUGUACGUCCUAUGGACUCUGUCGCCGCCAUUGUCAAGGGUGCCGUCACCGCCGGUAUCAGCGAGCGCAUUAUUACCCACCGUAUCGCCCGUCGCCACUACCUCAUGGGCACCCUUCAACCCUUCAAGGAGGGCUACCAUCCUGAGGCUUACCGUGUGCCCUCCCUCGACGGCAAGGACCGCUGCAAGUUUACUCGACAGAUUUUUGUGCAAAGAGGCCAAAAGGUAAAAAACGGCGAGACUGUCAAGGUCUCCUUCUUCAGACAGGUCGCCCCUGGCGCCACUCUCAUGUACGAGGAUGUUCUUUAUGCUUGCGACGACGAUGUCUGUCCCGAAUACACCAAGGAUCCUCGCAUCAAGGAAGUCGUCACUCUUACAUCCGACUUGUCGCGCAAGAACCUUGAAAAAGACUUUGAGCGCAUGGACACGCCACAAGGAACUUUUUACCGUGUCUAUUUCGAUAUCUACUUGACUCUCGACGGUUCCGAGUUUAGCACUGAACUGGUAUGCCAGGGCGAGGUUAUGGGCCGCUGCCGUGCCCGCUUCAGAUGCGAUACGACCAUAUGGCCGGGAACAGCCACGCAAGCUGGGCUCGGUCCAGGAACCGGUGGUUUUGAGCUGAAUCCGGGCGAGAGCAAGAAUUUGUCUGUAGGUUCCAACUGGCAGGGGAGAGUCUGGGGACGCACAAACUGCACUGUCAAUGGCGAUUCUUGCGCUUGUCAAACAGGAGACUGCUUUGCCAAGCUAGACUGCGACUUCAGUGGCGCUGUACCGGCAACGCUUGUGGAGUUUAACCUCGCGGGCGGUGUGAAUGGGAUGCAGACCUUUUACGACAUUUCACUCGUCGACGGCUACAAUCUCCCUGUCGGCAUUGAGCACAUUCCGUCGGACAAUACAUCCUUCAUCCCACCAAAUCUUACAAACUCGGCCUGUGUCGCAACAGCGGGUUGGCUGUAUGAUGUUUCUCGAACAGGCACCUAUUACUCCAACGAAACCUAUCCUAUACCUCUGGAAAAGAAGGAGACAAAUGACAUGCUCUCCAAAUGGUGUCCGUGGACUAACUUGGCGUUCCCGCCAAAAAGUCCCAGCGACGGCAUAUAUCCCUACCCAGACGACAGUAUUCGUCGGCCCUCAUUUUCGCCAUGCAAGAGUGCUUGUGUUACGACGGGAAGUGACAGGGACUGCUGCAUUGGCAAAUAUCACGAUCCGAAUAUUUGCAAGCCGUCAUCAUACAGCAAAACUGUCAAGGCCGUGUGCCCAGAUGCGUACAGCUUUGCUUUUGACGAUCGAAGCUCAACAUUUAUCGUGCCGAAAGGUGGCGGUUGGAAGAUUAUUUGGUGUCCAGCUGGACGAUCGACUGAUAUUCUUAACCAGUUGUCGGCACAGAUGUACGAGCUUGCGAGUGGCGGCAAACUAUCGGAGCUUUCCGUGAGGAGACUUAGCAAUGUUUCUUAUGUCAGCUCUGUCAAGCAGUCUGCCGUUGAGCAGUCUGGUGGUGACAAGGUGCCCUGCUCGCUGUCUACGCUGUUUGCUGCCUCGGUGCUUGUCUUGGUUAUGGCCUAA